CCAGCAAAGUCAUAAACCAAACUCUAUAAAUUUCUUCACCUUCUUCUCCUUUCGCUUCAUAUUGUUUUCUUUCUCUUUUCUCUCACAAAUACAGAGAACGCUUCACCCCGAAUCAAUCGAUUCCAAUGGCGCAGAAUCAAGCAAUGACGCUUCUGCUUCUGUUUGGAUUUCAAUUAUUGCUAGGAGUUGCAGUAGUAGCAGCUGAUGACUCCACUGAACUCGGCACUGUUAUUGGUAUCGAUCUCGGAACAACGUACUCAUGUGUAGGUGUUUACAAGAACGGUCGUGUGGAGAUUAUAGCCAACGACCAAGGGAACAGAAUCACACCCUCUUGGGUUGCAUUCACUGACACCGAGCGUUUGAUAGGAGAGGCAGCGAAGAAUCAAGCACCUCUCAACGCAGAGCGCACAGUUUCCGAUGGGAAGCGCCUAAUUGGAAGAAAGAUUGAUGAUGAUGAGGUACAGAGAGACAUGAAGCUAUUACCUUUCAAGGUUGUGAACAAGGAUGGAAAGCCUUACAUAGAGGUGAGAGUCAAAGGUGAGAAAAAGUUGUUUAGCCCUGAAGAGAUAAGUGCUAUGGUUUUGACUAAAAUGAAGGAAACAGCUGAAGCUUAUUUGGGGAAGAACAUCAAAUCUGCUGUUAUCACUGUUCCAGCUUAUUUCAAUGAUGCUCAAAGGCAGGCUACUAAGGAUGCAGGCAUCAUUGCAGGGCUUAAUGUGGCUAGAAUAAUUAAUGAGCCAACAGCAGCUGCUAUAGCAUAUGGACUAGACAAGAAAGGAGGAGAGAAGAACAUCUUAGUUUAUGAUCUUGGUGGUGGUACAUUUGAUGUCAGCAUCUUAACCAUUGAUAAUGGUGUGUUUGAGGUUCUCUCUACCGGUGGAGAUACCCACUUAGGAGGAGAGGAUUUCGACCACAGACUUAUGGACUAUUUCAUCAAAUUGAUAAAGAAAAAGCACCAGAAAGACAUCAGCAAAGAUAACCGGGCUCUUGGGAAGCUCCGAAGGGAAUGUGAAAGAGCUAAGAGAGCUUUGAGCAACCAGCACCAGGUGCGAGUGGAGAUCGAGUCUCUUGUUGAUGGCAUUGACUUGUCGGAGCCAUUGACAAGAGCCAAGUUUGAGGAUCUGAAUAUGGAUUUGUUCAAGAAGACCAUGGGGCCUGUGAAAAGAGCUAUAGAAGAUGCAAGGUUGAAAAAGACAGAAAUUAAUGACAUUGUGCUAGUUGGUGGCAGCACCAGGAUUCCAAAGGUACAACAACUCUUGAUGGAGUUUUUUGAUGGAAAAGAACUGAACAAGGGGAUCAAUCCUGAUGAGGCUGUUGCAUUUGGUGCUGCUGUCCAGGGUGGAAUACUCAGUGGUGAAGGCGGGGAUGAAACCAAAAACCUUCUUCUUCUUGAUGUUACUCCUCUAAGUUUGGGGAUAGAGACAGUGGGAGGUGUUAUGACCAAAUUGAUACCAAGGAACACUGUUAUUCCUACAAAGAAAUCUCAGGUUUUCUCCACUUACCAAGACCGGCAAACCACUGUGUCCAUCAAUGUUUUUGAAGGUGAAAGAACACUAACAAAGGAUUGUCGUGAACUUGGGAGAUUUGAUCUGUCUGGGAUUCCAUCUGCUCCAAGGGGAGUGCCACAAAUUGAAGUUACUUUUGAAGUUGAUGCCAAUGGAAUCCUGCACGUGAAAGCAGAAGAUAAGGCAGCAGGUAAAUUGAAAUCAAUCACCAUCACCAAUGAUAAAGGGCGUUUGAGCCAAGAAGAGAUUAAUAGAAUGGUUAAGGAGGCAGAGGAAAUGGCUGAAGAGGACAAGAAAGUGAAGGAAAGAUUGGAUGCACGGAACAAGUUGGAGACUUACAUUUAUAAUAUGAGGAAUACCAUCAGUGACAAGGAGAAUAUUUCAGAUAAGAUUGAUUCAGAUGUUAUGGAGAGGAUAGAGAAUGCGCUGAAGGAAACUCUUGAAUGGUUAGAUGAUAACCAAAGCGCAGAGAAAGAUGACUAUGAAGAGAAAUUAAAGGAAGUUGAAGCUCUAUGUAAUCCAAUUAUCAAACAAUUAUACGAGAAGAAUGGUGGAAGAUCCUCUUCUUUCGAUGAUGAAGAAGAAUCAAGUGAUGAACUGUAGAUACUCAGAAGUCAGAACCAUUUUUUCUUUUGGUUUAUUUAUCGAUUGCCCACAUCUUCAUAGUAUUACUGCA